AUGGACCCCGACGAAAGCCCGUUCAAAAGAAGAACUCGCGGUGUUACGAGAAGGGAAAGAGAGGAAAGAGAGUCCGUUUUUUUCAUCAGAUAGUUUUCCAAAUUUGUGUCACUUUCCAGCCUCGUAGAGAUGCCAGAAGAGGAAGAUAGAAGACGCCCUAGGCCUUACGAGAGCAAGUGAGAACUGACUUCAUAUCAAAUAUUCGAAAAUGGAAUUGUUUCUUGAGGAUUACUGUAAUUUUCGGCUUUUGUGAAAAUUUUGUAAAAAAAAUUAUUGGAUCGUAUUUUGCAGCUUAAAAAGUGUUUGUAAAAGGCUUGAAACAGAACUUUUGAUGAUUAUUUUUAAGAUGGUAUGAAAAACCAGCGAAAAUUCAAACGGCGACUUUUUCCGAUAUUUUUCAUAUUGCUAGGGAACUUUCCGACGGCCACCUUUCCGACGAAACUUUUUUUCCGACUUUUUUUCUCGAUAACUCUUCGUUUUACAUCUUCCUAUAUAAAGUAGGUAGUUUUUUUCAUAAUUAAAACAAAAAGAAAUAGGAAAAAAAUAUUAUUAAAUGUUUUAUAAACCGAAAAAGCAUAAGGGAAAAAAGUCGGAAAGGUGGCCGCCGGAAAUUUCCCUAGCGAAAUGAAAAAAUCGGAAAAAUCGCCGUUUGAAUUUUCGCUGGUGUUUUUUUCAUACCACCUAUUUUAAUGAGUUUAUUACAGAUUCGCGAAGCGUUUCACACCCACUUUUUUGAUCGUACAUGACCGCUUCGGCGUCGUUUUCACAGCUCGUGAUGAAUUGGAAAUGAAGAAGUAUUGCCUGAAACGGGUCGAAGUAGAAGACGAGUUUGUUAAUUUCCAAUUUGAAAAGGAAAAUUUCUUCAAUAAGAGAAAAUUUAUAAAUAAAGCUAGUGAAUCGAGAUGAGAAAGUAUGAAUUUUAAAAAAUUGAUCAGAAUUUUUUUCUCAAGCCCUGAUCAGUUUUUCUUUUACGUUAAUUGAUAGAAAAUUGGUUUUAAGGAUGGAACUGAAAAAUUAUCCUUCAGGGAGAACGCAAUUGAAAACGCCAAACGUGAACCCAGAAUAAUCAAAGCGAUGAAAGAAAAUAAGUAUUUCAUCCAGAUCGAGAAGGCUUGGAUGGAAAGACCUCCGGAGGGUUAUCAGGUUUUCGAACUCUCAAGGAUCCAGUUAGUUCAUUUUUAAUUCAGCCAAAAAUGGACCGCAAGCUAUUCUACAAGAAUUUUUGUUCCGACGGAGGGGAUGCGCUGAUGGUAGGAAAAUUUGUAAUUAAAUUCUCGGAUUGAAUGCGUCAAAAGACAGAAGGAUUUUUGAAAACCACAUCAAUUAUGUAGAUUGAAAGUCAAAGUUUCUUUUGAUGGCUAUCGGAAUUUUUUUCUCAUUUUUCCAAAAUUCGGUCUAACCUUUCAGCGAAAAAUAAUCGGGAGAAUUCUUGUAGAAACAUAAUCUUAUUAGCAAUUGUGGCCUUUUUAGUUUCUCAAAAGUUUUUUGAAGUUUCCUUAUUAAUCAGCCAAACAGUUUUUUACCAAAAAAAAAAACCGGUGCUACGAAAAAGCGCGAGUAUUCCCUUUGCGAAGAGUACUGUAUGCGGAUAUGUGCUCUGCGUGCAUACACUUUGCGUGUUUACACUUUCGUUGCGUGACGUCACCGGAUCGCAAAUCGGAUACUGUUUUUUAUCGUGUAAAUAUCAUCGAGAAAAAAAUGCAAGCCUUAAAAAAAAAAACAAAGAAAAAAUUGAAAAAUAUUCGAAAAAAAAAACUCUGAAACAAAAAACCGGGAUGUGUCCGACCUGGUGACGUCACGCAACGAAAGUGUAAACACGCAAAGUGUAGGCACGCAAUGUGUAUAUCUGCAUACAGUACUUACUUACUUACUUACUUUGAUACUUUGACGGUCCAUCUUCGCUGGCGAUGUUCCCAGCGUGGACCACACGUUCUCCAGGCGGCCCGGUCUUGCGCAACGGUCAUCCAGUGGCGGUCUGCAUACAGUACUCCUCGCAAAUGGAAAACUCGCUCUCGUCGUAGCACCAAAAAACUGAUGUUUUGAGCGAAUCGAUUUUUUUUUUCGAAGAUUUGUUUGUCUUUCAGACGUAAUCUCUGUUUGAUAUCUCUCCGAAAAAUUGAAACUUAAUCAAAAAUUUUCAGCCACGCAAGACGUUGUUCCUUUACAUGCAGACAGCCGUGAGUUCCACAUACACAGAAGAUUUUUUAAACUUCCAAACCGUCUUUAUUGCAGCUUCACAAUCAUUGGAACCUGGAUCAUUGGAUGAAGGUCCGCCCAACAAUGAGUCUAAGAGAUGAGAGCUAUUUGCAAUGUUGGAUGUACGAAAUCGCCGAUGGAAUGGCGUUUCUCCACAAGAAAAACUUCGUCCAUCUGAACUUGACGGUACAAAUUUAGUCUAGCAAGUUAUCGGGCUUUCAUUCUGAGAGUCAUUUUUUGAAUCUUCGAUUUUAAGUCGAAAAGCUUCAAAAUUGGAUCAUUCAGAAAAAAAAUUCACAAAACCAGGUUAUCCUGUUUGAAACAAAAAACGGGUUCAAAAUGACGAAGAUCAACCUUCCAAUAUUGCAGCCAUCGAACAUAUAUUUAUCCGCCAAAAAGCAACCUGAUGACAGACACAGCAUCGUCAUCGCAGGUUUCAGCCACGCCAAAGUUGCCGGCACAUACAACGGAGCUUCUGCCGACAAUCUCGGAGAAUACAAAGCGCCGGAGAUGGUUGGAACACUUUUUCUGAAUCUUCAUGAGAUUUGAAUUGAAGUCAACUCCUUUUUGCGACCAGAAGAUCGAUGUAUACUCUUAUGGGACAAUCUGCUACGAGAUGUUGCACAAUGCUCCUGCUCGAGGAUCCGAAAAGGAAUUUUUCGCGAGAAUUCAGGAUGAGACUGUAAAUUUCUUCAGUGUGAAGGAAAAAGUGAGUUCCUAACAUUUUGAAUAACGGAAAAAAGCUCAACCAGAAAAAUCCCCUUCUGAAAGAAUAUCGUGAUGAAAGAACAAUUCGUUUUCUUUUCCCAAUUUGAUCAUGACGUUUUUGAAAUAAUUUAAAUUCGAAAAAAAAGAAUCUGACAACAUUUAUUUUCAGGAAGAGUUCCUCAGAGGAUGCCUCGCCAAGAACCCGCACGAAAGAUGGUCUUUCGAGCAAGUCAAGGAGUGCUUUUACCUUUUCGAGACCUCCAUGCCGUACACUCGUGAAUAA